AUGCAGCCAGUUAAAACCAAACCACGAAAAAAAGCCCUGAAUUAUCGAGUUCAGGAAGUAAAAAGGGAUGUUUUUAAAGAUCCCAGUUCUAAAAAAAUUAAAACCAGUGAAUCAAGGAAAUCGACUGAAUUGCCGACCAUUAGCAGAGCUGCUAGAGAAGAAGACUGGAUGUGCUCCGUUUGUGAUAAGGCCUUUGUAGCUGACAUGCGAUCCUGUGUAUUAUGUGGAAUAUGGGUGCAUGAGGAAUGCGUCGGCCUUACUGCAAAUGACACCGAGGAACUUAUUUGUCCGCAAUGCCUGCCAUAA